CGGCGACUGUCUGUAAACCAAUGAACGCCUAUCCGACUCAGUUCGAUGGGCAGCUUGGAGCGUUAGACGGAACCCACGCUUCCCAGGAAUACGCUUCUGAGUUGCAUGACAGUGCUGACAUGCUGAAGGAACAAUUACGGGAGGCUAAAUUUUGCGCUGAUGAGGAGCGUAAAAUGAAAAGUCUCGAUGGGUUAAUGAACACGCUCUUACUCUGCGCGGGUGCUACUGCAUUCAUAAAUAAAUUUGCAACCAUGCAGCACAACUUCCGCCUAUACCACAGACACACAACCGUGGUAGCUGGGGUCAAUGACGUCUUCCGCACCAUCAGCAACGGCACGUUCACAAGUGGAACAAUCCUGUCGGUCUUCGCAGCGCCUUCGUUCACGUCUUUGGUUCUACAAGGAGUGAUGGACGCGUGUCUCUUCGUCCCCCCUUUCAUUGUGGCUAUCGCUAUAUUUGGGAAGUGGGUUCUAGGCCACUUCGCCACGAGUACGAGCGAGGACAUCGAUGUGCAAAUGAGACGGCGACCAAUGCACGACUGGCCUCCACAUGUACGGGCCCGCGUCUUGUCAUGGUCAAAUGCGUUACCCGUUUUGUUUGCUCUUUCUCAAGCCCUCUGUACACUAUGUUGGCUCUUUGGGCGGCAACCGCUCCUAGCAACUUGUGUCAUUACGGUACUCGCUUUGUGGUGUUCGAUCAUCUUGUUCGUGUUGAAAAAGAAUUUCACGCCCUAAUUUUAAUUGUCUGAUAGCUUAUUAUUAAUUUAAUGGAGGCUGCGCUUAAAUCCCGU